AUCAAAAGUCAUGUCGGUGCCUGUGGUGAUCGUGGACGACCACCAUCACUGUCUGCCGGACAUCCACUUGGUUCGUCGAUUGCAGCUUAGUCUCACCGCAAUUUUGGUGUUUAAUGCGAUGAUAAUUGCUGAGCUAGGCCAUCCGCCAGCGCCGCCUGCCUUUCUCAGACAUCCAUGUAUUGCACGUGGACGCACACCCGGACUUAUCCUUCCCCACAACGACGGAUACCAGCGUGAUUUUCGAGCCAGAGAAACUAUACGACAAGCUGGACGAGUCUGUUGCAGGGAUUGCAGAGUUUCUAUUGCCGCUGGUAUUUGCAGGACAUGUGAACCAGAUCACAUGGCUCAAACCUUCAUGGGCGACACAAGUGAGUGUGUUGCUUGCUAUUGUGUUUGGGCUUUGGGCUAAGAGAUUAUACGAUAGAUGCCGACGGGAGCAUUCAGACAACUUUCCAUCGGAAAGCGCAAGUCGAAUGGAGGCAUGGGGGCGACCAGUGAACUGCCUCACUUCGUAGAGGACGAACUGUAUUGUUCUGUGGAGGAAAUAGAUGCAUCGUCGUUAAGGACGUGGGAUCUAUUCGCUACGGAGAUGAGUUCAUCAGGCAGCGCUGCUGCUGUAGCGACUGAGGCGAUCACAACCGCUCGAGGGAAUUCAAAGGCCUUCAUCCUCGACAUCGAUCUGGACUAUUUCUCGACAUGGAAUCCAUUUCGCAAAGACUUAGAGACGCAUAUCGGAGAAGCAGCGGUGAAGACUGUGACUCAAGUGUUCUCUUCUGUGCGGUACAAGCAAGAACCUCUCGACCUCGUUACAGCUCAGCAACGAACCUCUGAGCGGAGGGUAUUCUGUGAGCUUAUUAAACAUUUCGAGGCAUCAGAUGCGUUGGAAGACGCUUCCAAACGCGCUUCAGAAUGGGUACAAGUCGUCAAGGAACUCGCACCUUUGUACAUUGAAAAUGUGGAUGUCGAGAAACUUUUCGACGAAUUCAUCGAAAUAUUAGAGCAGUAUCGCGAUGACAAGAACGCACGACAUGAGAUUUGGGCUUCGGGUCCCUUUCUGGAUCUGCCUCAUCACGAAAGCUCACUGGAAGAGAUUGAGCGUAUGGUUAACGAACUGGAGCGAUUCCUUCGGACACACUCACUAGACUCGAGCAAUCCUCCCGCAAUCGUGGCAAUCGCCAAGUCAACGGGUGACGAGUUUUUACCGCCGCAUCAAUUGAAUUUCGUUCUGCCAAAUGUACUUCGGAUGCUUGAGAGAGUGUUUGGUGAACUGUCGAUCAAGCAUGUGGAGUACGAAGACGGCGGGGAUGAAGACAACGGCGCGAACCCCACUUAGUAGGUUAGAGUGCUAUUGACUGAUAAAACUCCUCGCACCAAGCGUAGAACAGCAGCAUUUCCAGCGUACAUUUGCUCACUGCAGCGGCGGUACUACUUGCUCCACAAGAAGCUGUCCACUGUGCCCUAUAUGCUGAGUUUUCUUGUCUCCAUGCACACGCUCUGAUCCGUUUGGCAUGUAAACGAUCUCGAGAGAAAUGCUCAUCCAGUUGAGCCAAUUCCAGACUCCAGAGGUCAUUUAGCAACGUCGUGUCAUCUUGUCCACCGAAGAGAAAUACACACGGCACGCUAUUGCCUGGUGGUGAGAAGACAAAGGCGCUAGCUCCCCAGUAUCGAGGCACUGGACGUUGUUCGUUCAUAGGGCUUAUCUCAUCUUCAGACGUCGUAGCAACCGUAUUCCACCCGUCGAUCAUGUCUUCAAGGCGCUUCAAACGAAUGUCGAGUUGUGAUUCAAAGCAAGAAGCUGGUAGCGCCUUACUCGAGCCUAGUGACGCUCGUCGAGGAGGCUUCAAUCCACGACCGACAGCCAUCAGUUCAUACGGGGUGAGCAACGUAGCACGUCCUGCAUGAGCUCUCCUCUCAGCGAUACUGGGGCUUUCACUAUCGGUCAGAGACGCUAGCUGCGUCCAUCGGGCAGUCGGAGCGACACCGAACGCCACACUGGGGGUGUAAUCCAGUCGAUACAAGUCGCUCAGCUCCAAGCCAGUACCUCCCGCUGAGCCUCCGAAGACGAACAUACUGCUUUCGAACACGACAACCGAGUGCUGGAACCUCGCGCUUGGAGCUGUUCCCAUCGCUAUGGGCGAUAGAUUUGUCCACGUGAAGGCCGGAACGCAAGGAGCAACAUCAAAUAUGACGUCCCACGAGUCAAGAGUCCCGACUAAGCCAUCCGCUGCAGUGUCAGUCAGUUCAAGAGUCCAAUUCCCAGCAACUGGCAGCUGAUGGAAGACCGAAAGAGCUUCCAAUGAAGUCCCCGACACUCCCACAGUCGACACGAAGCUCAGUUUCUCAGUUCCAGGAGUACAUUUCGUCUUUUCUGUUGCUUCUGGACUAUGCAGCAGCACAGGAAACGCUCUAGUGUUCGGCGCAGUGCCAGUCGCUCUUUGAUCUCCUUGAAGGCUCUUCAGUCCUUGACUAUUACUCCACGUCGUCUCUCGAGCUUGUGAAUCGGCAGGGAAAUGAAGACUCUGCUGUCGUCCUGGGAACGUUGCUGGUCCUGGUCCAAAUAACUGCAAACGUAGCGUGUGAGGGCACGCGUGUGUUAUCUGUACAGUUACAGACACGUUGACAACGCAGAGUUGCUCGCCACUAGCACUAAGACUCUUUCUACCAAGUGCGAAGACUUCCCCUCCAUCUGGAAUAGACAGAGUCGCUGGUUGACGAGAAUCCAGCGACACUGAAGUCUGUUUUGCGGUGGUGGACGAUAUCGACAGCUCCCAAAGAUCAUUCAGAGCUCGUGGUCCCCAUGUCGACGCAUCAUUAACGUCAAAGACGUCAUUCUGCCGUCCUCCGAAGAGGAUCAAGCGGUUGUUAACCACAACCAUCGAGUGUUUCUCUCUUGGCGGCGGUACCAACGCUGACUGAGGCACUGACCACCACGUCUCAGUGAGCAGAUCAUAUCGCCAGAGUUCAUUGGACACAGAUCGUGAGUGUUUCUGCAGUAAACACGGCACUUUGAGUGCUCGAUUGCACUCGUAACUCUUCGCCAUUCCUCCAAAGAGAUACAGACAAUUGUCCAUAACUGUGAGUGAAUGUCCUCGUCUAGCAGACGGCAGUCGUUGCAACGGGGGAGUGUUGGUGAAGCGCAUCCCAGCUCUUGUGUUCUCUUCGUCUGCAGCUCGAGUAACGCAGCGUUUCCACGUAUUUUUCGGCUUCGAAGGCAUACGUAACGUGACAAUAUCACUGUAAGUGCCACGUCCAUCAAGCAGCAAAGGUUUGACCCGAAGUCGAUACGCAGCCAUCGGAACAAGACCGUGAACUGUAACUGUACCGCUGUUUUCCUUGAUGUCAGCAUGUGGAAGAGUGACCAAACGUACGAGACGAAAGUCUUCGCUCGCUGAGCGAUUAGCCAUCUCGACUACGAACCCUUCAACCAGCUGUGAGAAGCCAUAACGAGGAGCUUUCCAGCUCACACUGACGCUCGAGGAUGUCACCGGAGACACUGUAAGCUGCUGAACUGCUUCCCCAACCACUCGCGGUCGCAAACUAGCGUCACUGAGACCAGUUUUGGAGGCAUUAAACAGGUCAAUAAAGGAGACGAAGCUGCUCCCCCCACCGCCACCAGCUCCGUCGACACCUGCGCCUCCACCUCCUCCACCAAAGAAUCCUCCGCCUCCGCCCCCACCUGCUUGCUUCCCACUCUGGCCACUACCUCCACGUCCUCGUUGACCAUUAGUAGGCCAAUGUGCUGCUGUCAACGGAGUCACUACGACGUCCACCAGCGACGUCCUCGGGUUCAGAAGACACUUGCCUUCGAGAGAAUAAUAAUAUGAACCUGCAGUCCCAGCUACUCCUGCAGUCGUUGGCGUGGCUCCCGUGCCUCCACUUGCUAGCAUGGAGUAGUCUGCACUACUCGCAGCAAAGCCCCAGUCAAGAUGCUGAUGUCUUGCUGGAAGGCCCUCGAAAUCUCGCGUAUCUCCUGGUACAUUAAAGGAAUGAUACUCGUCUCGAGCUGCUUGUCCAGUCACACUUAAGUCCAGCGGAAUCGUUGUAGCACCAGCCGCUAGACCAGAUUCUGCCUGAUUCACGCCGCCGCCUCCUCCUCCAUGGGCACAACAAUAAUCUGUCGAUCCAGCACCGCCACCUCCAGCCGCUACGAGGACGACACGGCCAUUGACUCGCACUUCUGAAGCUCCUCCGCCUCCGCCACCUGGGAAAUCGCCUGUACCGCCGUUACCGCCACCGUUAAACCCACCACGACCGUCUUCAUGGCCUCCACCACCGACUAAAAUGUCCACAACAUCACCAGCAUCAACACGAAUAAGUCCACGCGCAAAGGCGCCACCCCCACCGUUGCUCAAGUCGCUUGACGCUCCAUUUGAAGACCUCGCGCCAGCUCCUCCAGCACCCCAAGCAUAGAUAUCAAGCGCAACAAUCCGUUGCGCAAGAUGAGUGGCGUACUGUUCAAUUGGGACUUGGUAUGAUUGAAUACCUCCUGUGAAGAAGAACGAACGCUCAGCGAGUCUUUCACCCGACCACGUGACUGGGAACACGAGAACAGCUCCGUUCUCACCUGGUUUGGCUUGAUUACCACUGGUAGAACCCCCACUACCGCCAUUUCCAGUUAACUGAACGUAGUACCAGUCCUGAUUGUUAGCGCUAUGCUGACGAGAAGCAGCAAUCACCACUUGUCUUGUUCCGAGAGUCAAAUCCUUGUUGUUGGAGCUUGAUUCGUCUUCCACUGUGUAGCCUGUUAAGAACUCCGCGGACUGAGAGAAGCUACCAGCUUGACGUUCAGCUACCGCUCUAACACGAGCGACGUACGUUGUGUAUUCUUUCAAUGACGCCACUGAAAUGUUAGCAACUCGAUUGCUGUUAUCGACCAACUGUGCUGGCAAUCGCGUCCACGUAGAGCUAAGAGUUUUGCGGUAUUCCACAUCGUACGUAAGAUCUUCCAGCGUAUGUCCUCCCAAGGAUUCAGGUGUAUCCCAGACGAUAGUUAGUGGAUCUCGACGUACAUGUAAGUUUAAAACAGGACCUGGAGCUGUUCGAAACGUGGUGAACUUUGCUGAAGGCGAACUGUAUGGACCUUGGCCAUUGACAUUCGUCGCUGCUACUCGAAACACACACGUAGACCCUGGUGGACGCUCCAAGGACGCAACGGCAGUAGUAAACGUAUCGCUGUUGCCACUAAACCCCGGUGUUACACGCUCACUGAUCGUAGUCCAGCCGAUUUCGCUGUCACACUGUUGCUGAGUAUGGAAGCUUGUAACGGG